AUGUCUAGGGCUAAAGAAAUUGAAGAGAAAAUGAGCUUGCAAGCUUCAUUGCAAGCUUUGUUCAAUAGUAACAAGCUGAAGGCCGCUGACUGGGUUCAAAAUGAAGUUGGCGGAGAGUGUAAUCGUGACUUGUCAUCGUCGAAAGCGGCCUUCUACAAAUUACCAGUCAUGGCGAUGGGAGCAGGUUUAAGUCUCGAGCAAGCUUUGGCCGAUGCAGGACCUUCGGAAGACGAUAUUGCCACCGUGGGCGAGUUCAUAGACAGUGACAAAAAAGUCUCAUCGCUGGCGAAAACGAAGAAACGUAAUCCUGCCCCAGGACAAGGUUCCAAUAGCGCUAAUUCCAUGCAUAGGAUUACCAAAGACGAUACGAGGGCAAUGAUAGCGCUGAAACGAAAGAUGAAAGGCUCGCAACGUCAUGAAAUACGCAAAAACUUGGAAGACAAGAAAAACGGGCAAUUUAAGGCCAAAGAAGGGGAAACUACGCUCGAUACUCCUGAUAGUGACAGUGACAGCGAAAGACGCGUCGAGAAGACUCAGAAGAAGUCAUUUGGCCUACUAUUCCAAGGUAAGCAGAAGAAGAACAAAAAACGGAAGUAA